AGAAGAAAAUCUGAUAAAGAAACCCGAGAUGGUGUGAGAGAGAAAGAGAGAGUUAAAAAAAAAAAAAAAAAAGAAGUGUUUGAAAGAGCGAGGCAGAAGCGGUGAGUUUCAGAGGUAGACAAGGAGAGAUUGAGUUUACAGGAGCUGAGCUGAGCAGAGGAGAAGGGUUUAACUGUACUUCCUCACUCAUGGAUUGGACUCGCAAACAGCCUGGAGCCAUGCUUUACAACAUGUUGAUGAUACUGUAACCACAGAAGAAGAGGGAUACAGAAGCAGAGGAGAGGGGCAACACCAAUCGGGAGUUCUUGGGGUAGAAGAAGGGUCAUGGUGAUUUUGUUUUACCUGGAGGCACACUGUGGACAUUUCCUGUAGGUGUUUUCAGCCUGAUCACUAUGUUGGAGCAAAGCAUUUGCUUCAUACAACGCAGGGAGAUCAGUCAAAAAGCACCCAGACUGCUGAAGAGCCAUACAAAGGCCUUCUGGACUUGACAACAUCAGAUAGAGAGCCAGUUGCUAGGGUAGAAGAAGGAGGUCAAGAAGAUACACAUGAGGCGAGGUAGACGAUAGAAGAUAAAGUCCAGGAGAGAUGAUAAGGAAGAUGACUAGGUAAAUGAAAGGAGUGCUAGAGGCAAGGGUCAAAGGAAAAUCAAGCUUAAGAGAGAAAGGAGGUAGAGAUGAAAUAACACAUUCUUCUAUCAGAAAAGGAGGAGAUAGGAAAGACAGAGGAACAUACAGCUCCAGGAGAGUAGUCUUUUAAAACAGAGUCAGAGGACAGGUACUGACUGUAUUCAGAGGUCAGGAGGAAUCAGCAGUAGUCGCGAUGUUCAUGAAUUUCCGUCGUAUCCAUAAGUGCCAGUGCAUACAGCUGCUGACCACAGGCCUGGUGCUGUGUAUGGUGAUGGUCUGCUGGGAGGAGCUGGACCACCACGUCGUCAGUCACAUGAGAUCCUAUACGUACCGCUACUUGGUCAACAGUUAUGAUUUUGUGAAUUCGUCCUUUUCCGUCAACUCCAACCAUCACAAUAGAGAUGAUGAUAUAAAUGGUGGAUUUGCGAACUAUCCAUAUCUCAUCAACCACCGAGGUAAAUGUAGAAGCGGUAAUCAAGAUGGAGAAAACUGGGAUGAAGUCCUUCUGCUACUGUUCAUAAAAUCAUCUCCAGAGAACUUUGAGCGGCGCCAGGCCAUUAGGGAUACGUGGGGCAACGAGAGCUAUGUUUGGCAUGAACUGGGAGCAAGCGUGAGGGUGGUGUUCGCUCUUGGUGUACAUCAGGAUGUUGGAGAAAGAUUCAGGGUGCAGAAAGCACUACUGGAGGAGGACCAGACCUAUGGAGACCUGAUCCAACAGGACUUUUUGGACACCUUCCACAACCUGACUACCAAACUGAUACUGCAGUUCCACUGGGGCCACCACUACUGCCCUAAGGCGCACUUCCUCAUGACUGCGGACGACGACAUCUUCGUCCACAUGCCGAACUUGGUGAAGUACUUGCAGCAGCUCCUGAGUAGCCAAUCAGGGGCUAAAGACCUGUGGGUGGGCCACGUACACAAGGGAGCCCCUCCGAUUCGCCGUAAAGACAGUAAAUACCAUGUUCCUUAUGAACUAUACCCCUGGCCCGCUUACCCAGACUACACUGCUGGUGCGGGGUAUGUGGUCUCGGGGGAUGUGGCUGCUAAGAUCUACCAUGCAACUCUGGCACUGAACUCCUCCAUGUAUAUAGAUGAUGUCUUCAUGGGGAUUUGUGCCAAAGCCAUGGGAGUCUCUCCCCAGGAGCAUGUAUACUUUUCAGGGGAGGGUAAGGCUCCGUACCACCAAUGUAUCUAUGAACACAUGAUCACAUCACACGGGCAUGCCAUAGAUAUUCGCUCUCUAUGGCAGGAAGCAACAAACCCUACAGUAUAUAACCACUCCAGAGGAUUUAUAGGUAAUCUGUACUGCACAGCAGUGAGAGUGAUGCUUCUAUGUCUGCCGUAUUACCAGAACACUUAUCCCUGUAUUGCUGCUUUUACAUAAGUAUUUGGAAUGCCAAAUACCGAAUGAUUACUGUAUUACUGAAACAAAUACCAUGUUUUCUCUUUUAUGUACUGUCUCGCUGUUUGCUGCC